AUGAUUGACAUUUUGAACAUUGAAAGUGAACCGGUCUUUGACAAUCGCAUUGUCAAGAUUGAGACACACACAUACAAUCCAUAUGCUAACACAACGUUUGGUCACAGCGAUGAGAUACGAAUACCUAUACAACAGCAGGAUUUAUACACGUUACCAUGUGAGAGUUAUCUGUAUGUUGAGGGGAAGGUAACAAAACAAGCAACAGUAGAUGAUGCCACUGUAACGUUAGGAUAUAAUUGUGUUGCGUUCAUGUUUGACGAGAUUCGUUAUGAACUGGAUGGUGUGGAGAUUGAUCGUAACAGAAACAUGGGAAUAACUUCCACGCUCAAAAACUAUGUAUCGUUAUCUUUAGAUAAAAGUGCUAUCAUGAAAAAUGCCGCAUGGAAUACCAUUGACACUGUUUCAGUAGAUGGAUACUUCAACUUUUGUAUACCUCUCAGCAUGUUACUGGGAUUUCGCGAAGAUUACAAGCGUGUAGUGAUUAUCGCACGUCACGAAUUAAUUGUAUUACGAUCGCGUAGCGAUAAUAACAGUCUGCUAGGAUCUUCAGCGUUGCAUCCUAAGAUUGAAUUAUUCAAGAUACAAUGGCGAAUGCCUCACGUAAUUUUGAAUGAUAUCAAUAAACUUUGCUUGUUAAAAACUUUAGAGACCGGACGAUACAUGAGUUUGAGUUUUCGUUUAUGGGAUCUGUAUGAAUUUCCUCUGCUGCAAAACACGACCAAACACUUGUGGACCAUUAAAACAGCCACUAAUUUAGAAAAACCGCGAUAUGUUAUCUUUGCGAUGCAGACUGGUCGGAAGAACGUAAUGUCGGAAAAUAUAACUCAAUUCGACAACUGCAAUUUGAUCAACAUGAAGCUCUAUCUUAAUUCAGAGUGUUAUCCAUACGAUGAUAUGAAUUUAGAUUUUUCAAAAAAUAGAUACGCAAUACUUUAUGAUAUGUAUAAGUGUUUUCGUAAAUCAUAUUGCAUUGGAUGCAACAGUACUGAGGUAUGGUUAACAACUACCGACUUUCUGGAGCAAGGUCCAUUCGUGGUUAUCGAUUGUUCGCGUCAAAAUGAGUCUGUCAAGAGUACCACUGUAGAUGUGCGAUUAGAAUUUGAAUGUAAAGAGAAUUUACCAGCGAAUACAACCGCGUAUUGUCUAAUCCUGCACGAUCGUGUAGUUGAAUACAGCCCACUAACCAAUAUAGUGCGCAAAAUCAACUAA